AUGGCAGCAAAAAAAUGCGUCGUCAAAAAUUUAAAUAUUAUUGAAAGAUUACGAUCAAUAUCAACAAUUUGUUCAGAUAAAACGGGAACAUUAACACAAAGACGUAUGUUUGUUGCACAUAUGUGGUAUGAUAAUCAUAUAUUUGAAUCUGAUACAAUGCAACAGCAAGAAGGACAUACUGUUGCUGUUAAGGAUGAGGGUGAGGUAGGUAGUGGUGUUGCUGAUGUAUCAGCAUUAAUAAAAGCUGAUAUUGGUAUUUCUAUGGAUACAACUUAUGAUAAAUCAUCACCUGGUUGGUUGGCAUUAUGUCGAUGUGCAGCAUUAUGUAAUCGUGCUGAUUUUAAACGAGAUCCUGAUAAUUUGCGAAAACCCGUAUUACAACGUGAAUGUAAUGGUGAAGCUAAUGAAGCAGCAUUAUUAAGAUAUGUGGAAUUAUCUUUAAGUAAUGUUAUAAAAUUUCGUGAACAAAACCGUAAAAUAUUUGAAAUACCAUUUAAUUCAAGAAAUAAAUAUCAAGUUAGUAUACAUACAACAAAUGAUCAUGAUGAAAGAUUUUUAUUAGUUAUGAUGGGUUCACCUGAAACAUUAUUAAAACAGUCAUCAACAAUAUAUAUCGAUGGUUGUGAUUUAGAAUUAAAUGAUUAUUGGGAAAAUAAAUUUAUUAAUGCAUAUUUGGAUUUAGGCAGUUUAGGUGAACGUGUAUUAGGUUUUUGUGAUUUACGUUUGCCAUUAAAUCGGUAUCCAAAAGAUUAUAUAUUUAAUAUUGAUGAUGUCAAUUUUCUAACAUCAAAUUUAAGAUUUUUAGGUUUAAUGUCUAUGAUUGAUCCACCACAUGCAGGUGUACCUGCUGCUGUUAUCAAAUGUCAUUCAGAUGGUAUUAAAGUUAUUAUGGUUACUGAUGAUCAUCCUCUAACAGCUAGAGGUAUAGCUAUCGCUGUUGGUAUUAUAUCUGAAGAUUCAGAACCAAUUGAAGAUAUAACAAAACUUUUAAAUAAAGAUAUAUCAGAUGUUGAUCCAAAUGAAGCUAAAGCUAUUAUUUUACAUGGUAAUGAGUUAAAAACUAUGACAUCUGGUGAUAUAGAUUAUAUAUUAAAACAUUAUUCUGAAAUUGUAUUUGCACGCACAUUACCAAUACAAAAAUUAACGAUAGUUGAAAGUUGUCAACGUCAAGGACAUACCGUUGCUAUUACAGGUAGUGGUGUUGCUGAUGUACCAGCAUUAAUAAAAGCUGAUAUUGGUAUUUCUAUGGGUAUAUCUGGUAAUACUAUUUGUAAACAAGCAUCUGACAUAAUAUUAUUAGAUGAUAAUUUUGCCAGUCUUGUUGCAGGUAUUAAAGAAGGACGUUUAAUAUUUAAUAAUUUUAACAAAUUACUAAUGUUAAAUCUAUUCUUAUAUUCAUUAUUCUGUUUGAUAAUCAAUAUUCUUCUCAUAUUGUUUUUUAAAAAGUGAUUUCUUUGUCAAAUAAUAUUCCAUUUGUUCCAUAUUAUAAAUUGUUUAUUUUUCACAGAAGAAAAAACGGCUAUGGCUGUGUAGUUAAGUUGUUUGGCGUGUACCCUCAAGGUACUGUGUGUUUCAACCUCGGCGCCACCAGAUAUGGAAUAACCCUGGGCAAGUCAUUAACGAUCGUUUGCCUCGAAUCACCCAUUUGAUAGCACGCUGACUACCUUGUGACAUACACCAACCCUCGUAGCUAGUAUGUGGCUAGUCAGUUUGUACGGGAAGGGGAGCUCAAGCGAUUGAGCGAAAGAACUCUGAGUCAGAAUAGCCUUCUGUCCAAAGCUACAGCUAGUAUUAGUUGUAGGAAAAAUAUCGGGCUUACGAAACUGUCUCCGGACAGCAUCAUACAUCGCAACGUAGCCGAAAGGUGGGGUAUUCUUCCUAGUCUUCUUCCACAAAAGAAAAUCUUGCUUUUUUUUAUUGGAAAUCUAGAAUCAAAAACAAUGUUUUCUUCAGUGAUGCUACAUUUGGUUCAGUUUUCUACAUUGUUUACCCCUUCGAUACUUGUGAUUCGUUAUUUUGUAAACUAACGAAUCAACUACAUUCUGCCAAGAUAUUAUCGUCCUAACUAUUUGCGACGUGUUGAUGGAUAACUACAAGAUUACUAUCUAUGUAAAAAUAUAGUGUACUUCGACAAAUCACUGUAAAUCACUUUUCAACGAUACGUGAUAGCGACAUUCGGUUUUCAGAUUCAGAAACUCGGUAGAAUUUGCUACAAAACCAUGUAGUCAGCAGAUUUUUCGAAAAGGUUUUCUUUGGAAAACUUCGAUUUUUUUUCUUUCAUACUAGAUUAAUACUAUCGGAUGCGCUGAUUUCGAAUCUGAAGGAAUUGUUUGUCUGUCGUCCUUCGUUUCGGAGAUUCAGGCAUUUUCCGAGGACGCACCUAUGAGGAGAUUUUCACGCUGGAGUACUAAACAAAAUAGGAUUAUUUUACAUGCUGAUCACCGUGGCAAUAUUUAUUUUGCUUCAAAGAAUUAUCUUUGAGAAAUUUUCCCGAAUGUUUUGGCUUUUUGGAUUAAGUGCAUUUCUCCUUCUUUUUCCCUAGCGUAAAAGUGAGUAAAAAUAUGUAAUUGCGCACAGCUGAUGAAUAAUGUCUUUUUUUGUCUGUUCUCUGCUGCCAAUAAACAGCUUGUUAGGUAUUGACCGAAUGUCAAUGCCUGGUUUUCUGUACAUUUUCUGUAGCGCUGGUGUGUUACUAUGUGUCUUUUUGCAAUACAGUCUGUUCCUAUUUCUUAUCAAAGAGACCAAAAGAGAUCAAAGAACUCUGAGGAAAAUACGAUAUCUCCCGGCUGUCUAUAACACCUUUCCGCCCACUGCAGUCGAUUUACGAAUGACUACAAAGGGCGUGAAAAUUAUCAAAUAUUCCGGUGAAAGGGCGUUAUAGACAGCCAGGAGAUAUCAUAUUUUGCUCUGAGUUCUUUGAUCUAUUAGGCUAUAUGGUUUGCAAAAAUUUUUGACCAAAAACCAAAGACUUGAUUUUCUAGCGGUCAGGUUUUCCACAAAUCCCAUCAUCAAGUUUUACCAUAAAAUGGCGAUAUGGACCUCAUCCGAUAGAAAAAUCUUCGGGUUAUUCAAAACAGUAUUCAGAUUUGUUCCAGCUUUUACUGAAAAAUCAAAAGCAAAAGAGUUCUUGUGAUCAUGACACACUGUACUGCAUAUAUAACAUCCAAAUGCUUCUUUUUCAUAUCUUUAAUGACUGGUCUCAUCUGUCUAGGUAUUCUGACCAGCUCAGUUUGUAGAGAAUUUCAAAUUAUUUCAAAAUGACCUGCCCCAUUUUAGGUGAAAACCGCAAUGUUUUAAUGGGAAUUCAAUAUGUCAAGAAAGAAAAAGAAUUUCAAAAAAAGGAUACUUGGGUUUGUGCUCCGCGAUGUGGCGGAUCGAAUGCCGUCAAAUUGAAGGUUUCAUCUUUGAAGGAAAAAAAGGAAAUAGGUUUUUUCGGUGAGGAUUCUUUUUCUCGGUAGCUUGGAACGAAUUUUAGGCACCAGCCAGGUAAUAUGUGGAGAACCUCAAAAACGCAUUUCCUAAUUCAGUUUUCAAUGCUGAACCCGAAAAGCAUGUUUGGAAGCUUCAAAAUAUAAAGGGAAAAAAUAUUCAAUUUUUUCGAAACAUGAAAGUUUUUUUCCGAUUUUGAGACUCUUACAGUAUUUCGACUUUUUUCUACGUGAAAACAUGCACUGGGAAGGCUAAGAGGAUGAUAUUUGCGAUCAACGUGAGAAUCUCUAUCGAAUAAUGUAUAAGAAAAUCAAAAAUAAAAUAGUACUCCAUCCUGUGAAUUACGCGCACCUUAGAUAUAUCUGAUUAUUCUCUUUUGUUAACAUUAUUUCUUUCAAGAAUUAUAGAGAUAGUUAAGGUUUUCUAGGACAAUAUUGAAUACAUAUUUUCUAGAGUCAAUUCUGGAAGCUUUCUACUCAAAUAUAUUCUCGUUCGGCUUUUUUUCUUUUCCUGUUUAGGUAGUUUUGUUGACGAGUGUGCCAAGUCAAAACUGUCCGAGAAACUGUAAAAUCAUAUGAUAAAAGAGUAAAAUGUUUAAAAAUGAAAAAAGUACUUUUCUUCGACUAAGAAUUAUUUUGAAUAAAAUUGAAUGAGAGUCAGUAGUCCCAAGUGUACUUUUUCAAAAGCGCAGCCUUCGCUUCUCUCUCUUCACUAAUCCAGUCUAGAAUUCCAUCCAUAUUUUUAACCUUGCUGGUAUCGUUAUUUUCAUCGUCACUUAAGAAUGGUCACAACAAAGAUAUGAUGUACCCAGUAGUAGAUACAAUAAACAGCGGUUUUACCAAGUAUCGAUGUUUUUAUAAACUAAACGUUUUUCUUGGAAGUUCAUUAUAACCAGACUUCUAUAGUUUAAAGUAAAAAUAUCAUGGAAAACGUUCUGUAAUACAUAACGUUUAUAUAUAAAUAGUUUCCAUCUAGAACUAAAAUUGCUGCGUCCUCACCACCACCAGUAAUUGCUUUUGAUAUUGUUGUUGUAUGUUUUUUAAUUAUUUCUUCAUGUUUAGCAUGAUGGAAUCCUAAGUUUUUUGGAACAAACUCCAACAUAAGUGCCUAGGUAACGAGGAAAGAACACGAACUCCGAUGAGUUUUUUGCCUUCCAAGGUAAAAACGAGUUAGAAGAACUCAGACAGUGUAGAGACAUAUCCCGAUCGGGAUGUACUCCCAAUCGGGAUAUAUAUCCCGAUUGGGAUAUCAUUUUUUGCAGCAAACUUUUUUUUAUAUCCCGAACGGGAUAUAGUUUGAAAUUAUAUCCCGAUCAGGAUAUAAUUCGAUAUCCCGAUUGGGAUAUCAAGAAAAUCUAUAUCCC